UCUGAUAGUCAGGAGCAGGACAGACUGAAGGACAAACACUCAGACGAGACACAGAACACACACCACCAGUCCAACAAUAACGACCAGAAACCUGGAAAAAAAAAAAAACCCAGCUGAUCAUCUGACCUUGUGAUCUUCUCUCAGGACGAACGAAGGGAAUGGCUGCGUCUGCGUCGUCUGCGGUGGCUCGCCGCAUCCUCGCUGCUGCAUCACACGGAGGCCACGAGGGAGGAGUUAAGACCUGGAGGGUCCUGACGUAUGUGCUGGCCUUACCGGGCGUGACCGUGUGCAUGGUCAAUGCUUACCUGAAGCAGAGGGCUCACUCCCACGAGCCGCCAGAGUUCGUUCCAUAUCCUCACCUGCGCAUUCGGACCAAGCCAUGGCCGUGGGGUGACGGAAACCACUCGCUGUUCCACAAUCCUCACACCAACCCUCUGCCCACUGGCUAUGAGGACUCACACCACCACUGAGCGACAGCGCCACCCGGAGGCCCUGUGUGGAACAGCGCAAUCUGAAACUACUGCAUGAAAAAUAAUUUAACCUUUACUGAAAUAAAAAAAAAAAAUAAGGGAA